CUUCCCCCGGUUCCAACUGUUGUGCCGCUGCGGGAUUUGGUCUGAGCCUGGGCAGAGCCCCCCUUUAAGAGCAGCCCUCCAGCUUCUAUCACAGCAAGAGUCUGGUGGAAGUGAUUCUUGCCUUCGCGUCGCACACAAAGGGGAGGAGCUCUUUAAAGGGACCUUCCUGCUCCUGCGUGCAGCUGCUAACCGGUUGGUGCGGACACAAUGACCCAGGCUUCCGCCUGAAAAUGAGUGGGGAGGGGUCUUGAGGAGCCCCCACGACCUCCCGGAGUGGGGCAGGGAGGGAGCUGACAGCUGGAGUGGCUGGAGACCACCGGUCCCCGGGGAGCGGCUUGGGAUUAGCUGCUUCUUGGGAUGCUCAGCGCGCCAGUAGAGCAUCCUGCCUGUGGUCCAGAGGGUGCUGGCAGCGCAUCUUGCGGUAUGCCUGCGUGGAUUUGAGCCAUCGCCCAGAGGCGAGCCCGCAUUCAGACACCGUGGACAGGCUCCUGGCAGGGCUGUGUUCAGUCAGCACAAAUGCUUAGCUCCAGGCGUCUGCCCAAGCCUCCCUACUACAUGGAUUUGGCUGUUUAAUCAACCGAGAUUACUGCCCGGGAAGAUUUGCCAGCCUGAUCCGCGCUCCCGCUGCUGUGACAACUUCAGGGCUAGCUGUUUACUUCUCUCGGUGCCUGGGACUCUGUCCUGCACCGCAGUCACUGCUGCCGCUUUCCCUGGCUCUGAAGUCAGCUGCAAGGACUCCCCUGCCCCGAGGAAGGGGGAGCAAGGAGGGGUUAAAAGGCAAGCAGACCCUCCCAACUGCUCGACCUGUCUUGACUGCUUGUGUUCCGGGGUUCUGAGAGGGACCGUGCACUGCCCGGGGAAGCAAUGCAAGUCUCCAUAGCCUGCACAGAGCAUAAUUUGAAGAGUCGGAAUGGUGAGGAGCGACUUCUGAGCAAGCAGAGCUCCACCGCCCCCAAUGUGGUGAACGCAGCCCGGGCCAAAUUCCGCACGGUUGCUAUCAUCGCACGCAGCCUGGGGACCUUCACCCCUCAGCAUCACAUCUCUCUCAAAGAGUCCACCGCAAAGCAGACUGGCAUGAAAUAUAGGAAUCUUGGAAAAUCAGGACUCAGAGUUUCUUGCUUGGGUCUUGGAACAUGGGUGACAUUUGGAGGUCAAAUUUCAGAUGAGGUUGCUGAACGGCUGAUGACAAUUGCCUACGAGAGUGGAGUGAAUCUCUUUGAUACAGCUGAGGUCUACGCCGCUGGAAAGGCGGAAGUGAUUCUGGGGAGCAUUAUCAAGAAGAAAGGCUGGAGGAGGUCCAGCCUGGUCAUAACAACCAAACUCUACUGGGGUGGAAAAGCUGAGACGGAAAGAGGGUUGUCAAGAAAACAUAUUAUUGAAGGACUGAAGGGCUCCCUCCAGAGGCUGCAGCUCGAGUAUGUGGAUGUAGUCUUCGCAAAUCGACCAGACAGUAACACCCCCAUGGAAGAAAUCGUUCGAGCCAUGACACAUGUGAUAAACCAAGGAAUGGCAAUGUACUGGGGAACCUCUCGCUGGAGUGCCAUGGAGAUCAUGGAAGCCUACUCUGUAGCAAGACAAUUCAACAUGAUCCCACCAGUCUGUGAACAAGCUGAGUACCAUCUUUUCCAGAGAGAGAAAGUGGAGGUUCAGCUACCAGAGCUCUACCAUAAAAUAGGCGUCGGAGCGAUGACAUGGUCUCCGCUGGCCUGUGGCAUCAUCUCAGGAAAAUAUGGAAAUGGGGUGCCUGAAAGUUCCAGGGCUUCACUGAAGUGCUACCAGUGGUUGAAGGAAAGGAUUGUGAGUGAAGAAGGGAGAAAACAGCAAAACAAGCUGAAAGACCUUUCCCCGAUUGCGGAGCGUCUGGGAUGCACGCUACCUCAGCUAGCCGUGGCGUGGUGCCUGAGAAACGAGGGUGUGAGUUCCGUGCUCCUGGGAUCAUCCACUCCUGAACAACUCAUUGAAAACCUCGGUGCCAUUCAGGUUCUCCCAAAGAUGACAUCACACGUGGUAAAUGAGAUCGAUAACAUAUUGCGCAACAAGCCCUACAGCAAAAAGGACUAUAGAUCAUAAGGCAAUGCAUGAGCCGCAGGAGCUGCAUGGGUAAAGCAGCAGUCUAUACAGGUACAGAACGGUGUUACUAGCCAGUGUUCUGAAUCACUUAGCAGCCCACUGUUCAACCUCUAGUGUCCCCGGAUUCUGAGGUUUCUGCUGUCGCUACCACUGUGCACCUGAAUUAUGAACACAUUUGAAAACUCACAACCAGGAAAAUCCAUUCUAUUUUCUUAUCUGGGACUGCAGUCACCUAUUCUUACAUUGCUCUGUACAUCUCAUGUUUAUGCAAAGGAAAGCAUGUGGCGGGGGACAUAUUACCUUCAAGCAUUUACUAACUUAAAGAAGGUUGUACAGAUAUAUUUUUUCAAAUGAACAACAUCCACAGAUGCAAUGUGGAUUGCAUCAGAAAGAGUAGGCUCUGUUCACUCAGAAGUCUUGCUUGAAAAAUCAGCUGAAACAAUUUUACAUUUUUUUUUCUAUUUUCACAUUCAUGUUAGCAAGAGUUGUCUUCACUUGUCAUUCAACAGAAGUGAAAUGCCUAGGUAUUUGCUUUCAUCACCUUUUAAAUAUUUAGUGUUGCUUGGCCUCAAAAAUGGCCCUGUAUAGCAAUUCCUCCAAGGUGGUCUAUUAGGAUUCUAAUAAUGUUAUGUCCAUUUACAUGGAGAGAUGGUAAAAGGAUGAAGACCCUAGUCUUUAACCAGAGAGUCUGGUUAAUUUAUGAAAGGGAGAAUUACACUACUAUGGAAGCCUAGCUUUGAAUAAAAUGUAUCUGCAAUGAAGUGUUCAUUUUUACCUACAUUUUCCUAAAACCUGCUUUAUACUUUUGACUGCUUGUAGGCACAGCUUCUGCAAGUUUAAAUAUUUGAGCUUUAAAAAUAAAUAUAGACAUGCUCAGUUUUGUAAGUAAAUCUGUAAAAUACCCAGAAAGGCAAAUGUUUGCUGUUUAAUUAGCACUGGGAUUUUACAUGCUUGGUGUUUUUGAGAAGUUAUUAACAUGAAAGUGAAUCAUGGGCUUUGAGAAAAAUGCUGUCACUACUCAGCAUAUGCUGGGUGAAGUAACUUGCCCAAAGAAAAGUAAAUGUUAAAGAACUUCCUAAUUCCAUAAUCACACUAUGUGCAUUAAACUAUAUGCAUGAAAGUUCUUUGCAUGGAUUAAUGGGGCCUAGCCUUGUGGCACUCAGAAGCUGAGGUAUAUCCCGCCCUGCCACUACUUGGCUACCUACUCUCAUGAAUAUAUCACUUGAGAAAAACUGACAGUAUACUGCGUGUACCUGUAAGGAGGGAGAAAACUUUUUUCCCCACUUUUAAGGUGUAUGUAGAGGGGGGAGGGUCCUCUAUCUCUAUUUGGACACCUGAGCAUGUACGAAAUUCUAAUCUAAUUUUCUGGCCAACAGGACCCCAUGUAGAAACCACUGAGACUUACAGAAGAAAUGUACUAUCAGCUUAAAAUGCUAUUUUCUGCCAUCAUUUCCAGAUAUGUAUUUCAUGAUUAAGUUCUCAAUCUUAAAAUGUUAGUGUGAAGUACCAACAAAUGUCCUUUUUGAUUACUAUUACCUGAAUUCUAAUAGGGAAACAGUGCGUUUUUUACCCAAGAGUAUCAGAUUAAUGAUGAAAAUGGAGCAUUUUUCAGUUGUUCAUUGUGCAUUCAAUCAAUCCAGUGAACUACUGUACGCAUAAAUGAGCUGAAGUUGUCUAAUUGGAACUGCAGUUUAUUUGCUUAGAGUAAUAAAAGCAUUUGUGCAUUU